ACUCUUUCAAUCUCUCUGUGCCCCUCACUCGGAGAUUCCCAGUGUGACAGGUUUAGUCACGUACUUCUCCAUGCGACAGGUGGCUGCAUGGUUGUAUGUGUAACUUUGAAGACCGAUAUUUAUUCAUACAUCGGAUGUUACAUCAGUUUUACUUGUUAUUUCAAGAUUGUGACAGUUGGAUGACAUGAAUACUUUCUGACACAUUGAAGUGGUACAGGUUAAAAGGCGAAUCUUCAAGGGUCGUGGCUAUGCAUUUCUUAAAGGCCUAGUAUAUGUAUGGAUGAACCUGCUACUCUGUUGUGGACAUACAUAUAUGUUUAUUAAAGAAGCCUUGUGUCUCGUGGCGAUGGUGAAUACAUGGACUGUUGUCAUCAAAAGAGAAUAUUGUGUACAGUGUGAAUACAAAUGAUUCUACUCCUAAGAUGUCGGACGCUCGCGUACAUAUAGUCACAUGCUUGAACGUUGACUGUGAAAUACAGUAUGCUCGUAUGUGUGAGGAUCUGGAGACCCGGGGGGUCGUGUGUGUCAUGGAAGGGAGGGGGGAUUAUGGCAUCGGGUCUACUUUUGUGAAGAGGUUCAAGGAAAUGGUGGACAGCACCCUUGUGACAAUAGUACACCUGUGCCCUGACAUGAUCAGCCGCCUAUUGAGUUUAACUGACGUUCUCCGAGAUCACCAAACUCAGAAAUAUUUAUUCAUACACGUCAAAUCUACGCCGAAAGAAGUUCCGGACGUUUACAAAGAAGUUACAAAGAUGCUCCUCGUGAAUAAUUCAUACUAUAACAAGAUCAUUGACAAGGUUGUGGAGAUUGUCCAACAGCCUCCUAGCUGUGUGUCGGCCGCUACUGAACUGGCCCACACGUCUGCUAUAGAAUUGUCGUCUGCUACUGAACUGGCCCACACGUCUGCUUCAGAUUUGUCGUCUGCUACAAGGAAGGAGGAUGGUUAUGAUUCUGACUCUGGUACUUAUUCCAACCCACCGCUUGGAGAGCCUGACGUCUUUGUCAGUCAUGUAGAAAAUCAGCAGUGUAGAGACACCGGGGUUUACUUUCUGUCCAGCAAGAUACAGUACAAGCCUCACCAUCUCCUGAAAUGGUCAUCCCAAAGAGAACUUCGAGAGAUGUGCCACAAGAAUACGCUUUAUGACAGAAGCAACAAGUCAAACACAGUUCGUUGUCUUCUGACCAAAGUCCUUCCAGAAAUCUUUGCAAAGAAGGAUAUAUCUGCAAUAGUGGAACUUCUGGCAGUUCCAGUUCCUGAGAUACAGAAUAAAGCUCUAACCAAACUCAGGGACAUCCUACUUUCAACUAAACCCGACGAUAUUGAUCCGGAGGAUCUGCAGCUGGCUGAAGAGGCGUUGUUUAAACGAUGUCUCACAAUGACUGGUCCCACACAGACACACCCAGAAAUCCUGCAUAAUUUGAUUUGCACGUACCUUCUGGCGCUCGUCUAUUUAGUGGUGUCCCAAGAUAUGAGUCAUUCACCCUUGGAUUCCAGGAUCAAACUGUUAAAGCAAAACAUUUCACAACCAAGCUUAGGAAACGAUUUUCCUCUCAGUGACAUCAUGUUUUUUGUUGAUGACAUUCAAAAACGUAUUGAUGACGUCACCAAAGCAGUGACAGCUUGUGGAAGCAGUUGGAAGCAACUUUCUUCAGUGAAGAAGAAAUCUUGGCCUGUUCAUUUUUCUAUGGUCUUGGGGACACUUAUAGAGGUGUUUCAUGGCGAUCAACAGACUGCCCUCAUGGCCUUAGACACACUCCCAGCACUACUGAAGCCAGGGAAACCCAAAGUUCCAAAAGUCUUAAAGAAAACCAAACCACACGAGAGAGUCAUACAGUUGGUCACAAUUGGGAUGGUUGCAUACCUGAAUGCAUUAGGAGAUACAGAAGGUGGUGAUAUAGAGGAUCGUGCAAAGUCUGCUUUCCAAGCUCUUGGAUUGUCACUAAAGUACUUGGACAGAAGCAUAUAUGGCAUGACAAGAUGUUUACUGUUUUCCCAAAGUCCAGCGAUCAAACAAGGUGCCGUUUCCAUGUGGAAAAAUGCCAACGUAGAUGCAAUUCACAGUUUUAUUACAAAAGAGGUUCUGACACAUCUACAUCCAAUCAGCAUCAACCGCCUGCACAAGCAACCAACCAACCAUUCUACAAGCAGCACAAGCUGGAAAGUAGCUUCUACCAAAAUGGGAUCAGAAGAAAUCAUGAUUCACGUCAAUUUACCAACAGAGGACGUCCUUGUGGAACAUAGCAGAAGUCCAUCCAAAUCGUCGGAUUGUGGUCACCUCACUACAGUCGAGAUUCUGAGAGCUCUUUCUACACAUAAGGGUAUCCUGUCUAUGUGGGCGUACAGAAUCGACCAGUUCCCUGUUUUCUACAUCACUGAGGAUUACAGCCAACAGAACUUCCAGAAGGUGCUGUAUUACAGUGCCAAGAACAAGGACUGGUUUAAACCUCUUCAGCUCAUGGAGUUCCUAAUACAAGCUCUGGAAGCAGUUAUCGCCCUUCAUGAACAUGGCACAAUACACAGAGAUCUUACUGCUGCCAGUUUCGCAUAUAACAAACAGAGCAAAUCUGUCAAGCUGUGUCGCUUUAUGUUGGCUCGAAAAUGUGGAAGAGGCAAAACUCUUGUUGACAGAGAAUGUUCAACCAUUCCCACGAGAUGGUCUUCUCCAGAGUCCCUCAAGAAACACCAUUUCUCUAUGCGGUCUGAUUAUUGGAUGGUUGGGCAUCUCAUCUAUGAAGUCAUCACACACGGUUGCCUCCCUUACUCAGAUCUCAAAGGACAAAAUGAGUCCGCCAUUGUAAAUCUGAUAAAGGAAGACAGAAAGAAGUUGUGCCAAGAAAGGUGCAUCCCUACAUCCGUGUUUGACGCCAUCCAAUGCUGCACCCGCUAUGAUGAUACCCAUCGCCUGUCCGUGUGUGAGGCAAAGAGCAGGUUGGAGGAGACCUUCGAGGUUUACAACGGCCGCAGGGAACGACCGCAAAGGACUCCAGACAUUUUGUUUCCUGGACUUGACAGAACAUCCUAUCAAGGUCUCCCAAAAGAAGGUUCAGAAACGGAAUAUGGCCUGAUUGAUUAUUUCGAGUAUCAAAAUCUCUAUGAAAGGGAAACUAUUUCAACAAAUGAUGAGCCGUUGUACGAGGAAUUCGGAGUACACGAGGGUGUAUAUUUUCCGCUUUCGUCAGAUAAUAAGAUGGACAUACUGUGUCGUCGCCUGACGCAGACAGAAGAAUCACAAUUGAACACAGAGAGCAUCCCAGGAAUUCACGGCCAUGUGGCUGUUGAGAAAAGGAAUGAAACAGAAUACCUGGUGUACAAGUUCCCAACUGGAAACUGUUUCUCCCUGAGGAACGUGCCGGAUGCUAGGAGGUGCGACUUAUGGUCUGUUGAUCACAUUCGCUGUUUGAGUGCAGUGGCAAAGACGUUGUCUCUUCUACAUCAGCAAAACUGGGUCCAUGGUUGUCUAUGUGCAGAUAAUAUAUGGAUUGCUGAUACUGAAGAUAACGGCAAUUGCACGGUAUACUUCUCAGACCUUGGAUAUAUCCGGAAGUCAUGUGACACUGAGGAUGGAAUGAUUGCCGAUGACAGUUUUGUUGUACCACAGGAUGACCAUGUGUACAGAAGAUCACCGCCUGAGGUAAUACGAGACGGCACCUACUCAUGGGCGAGUGACGUCUUCAGUUUUGGCCUGGUAUUGUGGAAUACGUUCUCCAACUUGAGCACAUACCGCAAUCAAAACAAAAUGGAGACUAUACCAAAGGAUCAGUUAUAUGAGUACCUGACCACAACAUCUGGACAACAGAUUCUUCCCAAACCUCCUGAGUGUCCGGAUACAAUCUAUUCUCUCAUGCUCCUCUGCUGGAGCCCAGAACGACAUGAAAGGCCACGGAUGACAGUUGUUCAACAGAAACUACUGGAACAUACAAGAGAUGAAGCCUGUCCCUACAGAAAUCCGGAUGAGUAUGAAACUGUAGAAGAAGAAUUAUAUGAAGAUCUUGGUCCUACAGUCACCAUAGAUUCCGGUGUCUAUGAUAGUUGCGCUGAAUCUUCCUUACAAUGUGAUGGACCUCGCUCGUCCCUCACAUUAUCGUCACUGGUCGGCGGUAGCACUGAUGUCUUGGUUGACAACGAAAUAGGUUUAAGUCAGGCACAAUUAAAAGGACAACAAACAUUCAAAGUUUCACCGAGUCCCAAUAAGCCAAGCCUUAAACCAAAACCUUUGCCAAAGACUAAGAAUGACGGAAAAGGCAUACAAUUACAGAAGUUCCUAGCGGAAUCUGUGGAAGUAGCAUCGUCAAAACAAUCAUUUGGGAUUUCCUUUCAAAGUUCAGGAUCAAGCACAUACACCUCACAGAACAUGGUGUAUGUUCAACUGCCACAUUUGGGCAACCAAGCCCAUAUGCACUGUGUUCCAAAAGACUUGAUUUCCAUUGGUAGACUCGAUACCCAGUAUGGCAUGUUUAAUGAUUCAGUGAACAUUGUUGAAAAGACGAAAAGGAAUGAGAAACCACGUCUCCCUCCAAAGCCAAAAUAUCUGUCUCGCCAUACACCAGAUGUACCCACAAGUGAUCAACCAUGUGGUGAUGCAUCUUCAAGUGAUGAUCAACUAUAUGAUGACUGUACGCAUCAUGUAGAUAAAAGCCUCGAAUUAUCUCCCAGAAAUAGACCCGAACCACAGCAACCGACAAACCAAACUGGGCUGAAGCCGAGCACUGUGCCACAACGGGUGGCGAAUGUCAAUGGACCCCCUUCGCUCGACAGUCCUCCACCUCUACCACCGCAUCCUCCCCCACGACGGAACAAUGAAAAGUAACAGAUGACACAACAGUUCAGGACGACCCUCUGUCAAUGACAAUGAUUCAAAUCUGAUUGUUGGUCCAUGAACUUCAUCCUACUGUAAUCUCAGACGCUCUCCAGUGAGAUUCCGACUUGUAUCUGUUCAAGUAUACAUGGACCAAACGCAAUUCUAUUUCCGGUUUGCAUUGAUGAAUGAAUGGAUGGAUGGGUGGAAGGGUUUGGGUGAGUGGGAGGAUGGAUGGAUGGAUGGAUUUAGUUCCUCCUGAUAAAUCCGAAGAUUCAAAAUCCGAUAAAUCAAAACAUCAAAAGUGUGUACUUAUCUACAAAUAACACAAAUCACAAAGGUGGGAACAUUGUCCCUCAAACAUACAAGCUAUAAACUGUGAGAAAUACUGGUAAUAUCAUUUCAAAGUUUGUUCAAGAUAUUCUUUAUAUUCUUUAUACUAUAUAGAUACUCAGAGAAUUCUAUAAUAGUAAAAUACCACGUUAUUUCA